GUUUAGAGUAGACAGACUUCAGAGCUUGAGAAAUUGUUGUUGACUCCGCGGACAACAGUUGAGAUGCGCAUGUUGUUGUUUACUUGAAGCAUGAAUUCUCCAGUAGAUUCGAAAGAUGGCUUUUCAACCUACGAGGACACUCCUCCACGGAGGCAGUUUAAGGAGCGCAAAACACCUUUAUCACCUUUACCUUUCAGUGUGGAAGCGAUCAUGUUGGAUAGGACUCAUAGCGAAGGAGGGAGACGCGGCAGCGGUACGAUAAUCUCUCCCCUGGGGAAUUACUCUAUAUCGGUGUCCAGACAGCCGUCUAGUCCAGAAUACUUUAUUCACAAUUUUGACCCGUCUUCUUCGCCAGUUAAAUCGGAGACGUCGGAACCAGGGGACUGUGCGUCAUGGAUAUCACCGCGGUGCAGGUUGUCUCCAGCGCUCAAACAGCCACAUUUCGUCAGGCCAUGGACUCGACAAGACCAGGUCAAUCCCUCCUUGAGGAAACACAAGACCAACAGGAAGCCCCGGACCCCAUUCACCACCUCCCAGCUCCUGUCCCUGGAGAGGAAGUUUCAUCAUAAACAGUACCUGUCCAUCGCUGAGCGGGCUGAGUUCUCCUCCUCCCUGUCCCUCUCAGAGACCCAGGUCAAGAUCUGGUUCCAGAACCGACGGGCUAAAGCCAAGAGACUGCAGGAGGCAGAUGUGGAAAAACUCAAGAUUUCCGCUGCAGGUGAUGGAUCCAAGUCGGGGUUCUAUCCCCCGGGGUUCUCCUCGCUGCCGUUCCCCCUUUGUGUCAGUCUGGAGGGUCUGGGUGGGGGGGUCUCAGGGGUGUGCGGAGGACAGGGGUACCCCUUCAGACGUACCACUCUGUUAACAACAGUACCACAUCUGGGGGUGUACACCUCACCUGUAGGGUACGGACUCCUCCACCUGUCUUGAGGUGUGUGCGUGCGUGCGUGCGUGCGUGCGUGCGUGCGUGCGUGCGUGCGUGCGAUGAACCUUACAACAAGAUAUUAAAUCGUACCCUAACUCUCAGGGGUGCUUUGAAUAUAGUGUGCUGAACCUACUUUGAUAUAUUCAAGAGAUGUGGAAGUGUACAUUGUUAUAUUGUGUUCCCUGGUUUGUCACGGAAGUGACUAGUGCAUCAGAACACCCAUAGUACAAGCAUCAUUGCAGGAUAAUUGUUCAUUUAUUCUAUAGCCCUGACCUCCUAACCUCCUGACCUGUGCUGUAUUUGCCAAAGCUAGUUGGAUCGUUCCCGAAGGAUAUUGAUCUGGUUCUCCCGUUUGUCUGAUCACUCCGUAAAUGCCAGAAUAUCUCUAAAACAGUAUUAUUGAUGUCUCUGUUCCUGUCUUUGGGAAAGGUUAUUUUUAGACUUUCAUAUUUGUGAUUUAUUGCAUAAAUGUAAUAUAAGUAAGCAGUAAGAGUCAAAGGGGUGUGGUAUAUGGCCAAUAUACCAUGGUUUAGGGUCAUUCAUAUGCACGAUGCAACGUGGAGUGCCUGGACACAGCCCUUAGCCGUGGUAUAUUGGCCAUAUAUCACAAAUCCCUGAGGUUCCUUAUUGCUAUUAUAAACUGGUUACCAAUGUAAUUAGUUAAAAUAAAUGUAAAAAGCAGUAAAAAUAAAUAUUUUGUCAUACCCAUGGUUUAAUGUCUGAUAUACCACGGCUGUCAGCCAAUCAGGAUUCAGGGCUCGAACCACCCAGUUUACAAUAUAUAUUUUAUGAAGUGUAUCUACAAGUGUAAAUAGUUUGUGGUCUGAUGUUAAUAUAAAUAUUGUUAUUUGCUGAGUAUCUAGUCUUUUGAUUUGUUGUCACCUUCUCUUCUUAUAGUUACAGUGUGUAUUUUAGUCAUGAUUAUGCUUCUACGUCUGGUAAAUCCAAAGAAUGAAUUGCUUAAAUUCGACAGAAUUUCAUAUGCAAGUGUAUUGUUUAAUCAUGUAUCGAUCUGAUUGUUUGAUCCAACCUUUAACUUUGUACAUGGAGCUUUAAAACGUGUAGUAUAGGCUAAUUCACCUCUGAUUCUGAGUCCGGACACAGUGGACGGAUAAGAAUAACAUUUUAAUACCAUUUGUAGACAAAGUCUGAAAAUGUGGGCACAAUCAGAAUAUGGACGAGAUCAGAACAAAGGAUGCAUGUCAGGGCCAGGUGUAAAUUAGGCUUAAGCUUUAGUGGGGGAGGUAGAUUUAACCAGCUAGGUUAGUUAAUAGCUAUAUAUAUUAAACCAGUUAGGUCAACCAAUAGCUAUAUAUAUUAAACUGUAAUAUUAUAUUAUACUGUAAUAAUAUUAUAUUAUACUGUAAUAAUGUUUGGGAACUUUGAAGUCGGCCCCUCCCCCUCAAGCUGACGGUCUUAGAAGAAAUGAGCCAUGUCAUUACACGAGGAACAAUAACACAUUAGACCAAUCAUCUGGUAUUUAACCCCUAAUCCCUUUAAUGUCCUUAAACUGAAGAAUGUGUAGCUAAAUGCUCAGGGUCUUACUGAACCGCCCUGGGUUGUGUUCGUAAAUGCAAACCGUAGAGAAAUGCUUUGCAACAGAAAACAAACCUUUCUUAUUGGAAAAGAUCAGGUAGUCCCUCCCUGUUUCAGUCUGUUUACUUCCAUUUGUUGCCAAGUGAAUAUGACCCAGGUUAUUGCUAAAGCAGUAUGAAUGUCUUUGGAAGCCUGUUGCCAGAUCUGUAUGUGCCUUAACUGCAGUCUGACUAGAGGAGUUGGUUAAAGUAAAAACAGAUCUGGGGUCAGGUUGUGUGUUUGAGUCUGGGCGUGUGUGGGGUCAACUGGGUGGCAAGGUAAAGUGGUGCUUUUAUCCUGGGACUCGUAUUUUCAUCGCCCAAUUGACUUUAAACACAUAAUUAUAUUCACAAGAAAAUUGCACAUUUUCUGCAAAUAACACUUCUCACAUUGACUUGAUCGUUGGCAUGUGUUCCAUAUCUCCUCGCAGCACAGAGACUCAGCUCUAUGCAUUGAGUUUGACUGUCCAUCCACAAACUGUAGACCUUUCAUUAACUCUCUCUCUCGCUCUUCCUGAACUCUGUAACUGUGCUAAAUGCCGAGCUCUAUUUCAAUCAAGCCCAUUUCUAGUUGCGCUUAUCCUCUGAUUCUGAGUCCAAUGCUGUGUGAAAUGAUGUGUGUGUUUAGUGAUAAGAAUUUGAGGGAUAUUAUAUGAGUGGGUUGAUUCUCAUUUCCUUACUUAGCAGUCUACUGGCACACACACACAUUCUCAUUCCCACUGUAUGGUACACUGACUAAAUGAUAGAACUGGAAUAUAUAGUGAAAUUAUGUUUUGUUUGAAAAUGAUGAGAAUGUACAUUUCUGUCUACAUUUGGUGUCCUGCAGUAUUACCAACAUCCACUAGAUGUCGAAAUGUCCCAUUUUUGUAGCUGGUUCAGCACAGUAAGCCCCCAACUAGGCUCUCUCUGUAUGUCUUACUGUACAAGCUCAUCUCACUUGUCGGUUAUCUUUGAAAUAAAAUUGAA